AUGUCCUCCGACAGUUCAGAUAGGGGGUCUCCCACCCCCGACACGACCACCUCCAACACCCCGCCUGCAUCUCACACGUCUCAGCAAAAACAAGACCUCGCCUCCCCCUUCUCCUUCUUCUCCUACCCCGUCACACACGUCGCAAAGGGAUUAUAUCGCCGAAUUACGGAUCCAACGCCCCCACAAAGUAUGCCCUCCAGCCUGUGGUCCAACUCGUCCUCCGAAGUCUUCACGCCGCGCCGAACAGCCUCCCCGUUCCAACCACCGCCUCUCACCCCUCUAUCUCUCGAAAUCCCCAAAGGCGCCGACCUUCUACAACAGCAACUUCUCAACCGAGCUCUAGCGGAGGAAAUCCGCCUCCUCGUCCCCGCCCGCCUCCAACUCGUCGAAAAAUGGCGCCUAGCCUACAGCCUCGACCGGGACGGGGCCUCCCUCAGCACCCUCUAUGACAACUGCGAAGAAUUCUCCCAUCGUAGCCCGCGGGCGGGCUAUGUCCUCGUUAUUCGCGACGCCUCCCCCGCAGGCACCGUCUUCGGCGCCUAUAUGACCGACGCGCCGCACCCAAACUCCCAAUUCUUCGGCACGGGCGAGUGCUUCCUUUGGCGGGCCAGCGUCCUCCCACCACCCGCAAACCUCGGCCUGGCUUUCUCCACCGACGGGCCUCAAUCAGAGGAGGCCCUCGAACGCGCGGGCCUGCCCCCUCCUCCUUCGGCGGACACCACCCACGCCGGGCGCUGGAGCACCCUGCGCAAUGAUCCGAAAUCGAAGACGGAGUCGCCGGCCCAUAAUCUCAAUAUGAAUAUCAAAACCAACCUGGCGGCGGCGAGUGGGGGUGCGCUUGCUCCACCGUCGCCCUCCUCGAUUAACACGCCUUCGCGCAGUGGGGCUAGUACCCCCGAGCGUAUCCGUUUCAAAGCCUUUCCUUAUAGCGGUGUGAACGAUUACAUGAUGUUUUGCGAAACUGGGUUUCUGAGUCUGGGCGGAGGUGAUGGACACUACGGCCUUUGGGUUGAUUCAAGCUUGGAAAAGGGUGUCAGUGCACACUGUCAGACAUUUGGUAAUGAACCAUUAUCGGAGGAGGGGGAGAAAUUCGAGGUCAUUGGUGUCGAGGUGUGGUAUGUGGGCUCAUAA